AUGGCAUUCAAUAUCAGAUACAACACCUGCUUUGGCCUCGAACGAGCACCUAUCCGGAAGCCAAAGUUGGCCUUGAUACUCUCCACCAGUAGUGUUCUCUUUCUCUUCGCAGCCUACCAAUCCUAUCUCUCAGCAAUUCAGCACAAAAGUGCACUUGACCUACAACCUUCGAUAACGCCAACAAGCUCAGCAUGCGAGAUAUGGCCAGGCUGGCGCACUGCUACACCAGACAAUAUCCAGGCUGACGAUUCAGCAUUGUCCUCGCUACGCCUAGGUACUGCUGAGGUCAUGUCUGAAGAUCCAGAUUUAGGCUGCACACCUGCGAAGGAGCGUCUUGGGUUAUUCGGCCACUCAAGCGGUGAUAGCCAACUCAGUCGUCCACCGUGGCGGACAGUGCGAUGGGGUCUACUCCAAAGCGAUUGCGCGAACAAAAAUUAUGGCUUGAAGAGCGCCGAUCCAGCUAUACCGUAUCGGAAACUGGCGCGAUUCUCUGGUCAAGCCGAUGACGAAGGUCAGUGGUCGACGCCAGAAGACCGCUCAACAGGCCGGACUGCUAUAGUGGUACGCACUUGGGACGCGUACCAGUAUUCAGACAACCAGCUCGCUUGGAUGCGAGCAAUGAUAACGGAACUUUCUCUGGAUACCGGCGGUCGAUUCCAAGUCUUUAUGCUCGUAAAUGUCAAAGACAACUCGCUCGAUCUAUUUGACAACCGCACUUAUACGCAGCUCUUGGAGAAGAGUGUGCCUGAGGAGUUCCGCGACGUGGCUUUCCUGUACAAUGAAGCAAUUCUUCGUGAGUGGUAUCCUAAGGUUGGUGAAUACGGAGCCCAAGACCAGAUGUACCAGGCUUUGCAGAUAUUCAGCCACUCGUUCCCGGAAUUCGAUUUUGUGUGGCAAUUAGAGAUGGAUGCAAGGUUCACAAGCCAUGUCGCAAAGAUGCUCACGAACGCUGGUAGUUGGGCUAAACGUCAACCACGAAAGAACCUCUGGGAGCGAAACGGCCGUUGGUUCAUCCCAGCUUUGUGGAAAGACUAUGCUUCGUUUUCUGCGCAUGUAGACGAAGAAUUUGGCGACCAGGGUAUUUGGGGUCCUCAUCCGUACGCCCAAUUCUACCUCGAUCCGCAAGGUCCCCAACCACCCACUAGAAGAGACGAUGUCUGGGGCGUAGGAGAAGAAGCUGAACUAAUCACCCUGUCACCACUCAUUGAUCCUGUCAACACAAAAUGGACAUACGAAUCCACCAUUCACGGAUUCGAACCUGCACUAAACCUGCCCCGUCGUAUGGCCAUCGUGAGCAUGACGCGCACAUCUCGCCGCCUUCUUCGCCUGAUCUCCUACGAACAACGGAAGUCGGGCUCCUGGGUUGUCAGUGAAUCAACGCCCGAGACUUGGUCUCUAUUGCAUGGCCUGAAAGCAGUCUACGUACCUCAUCUGGUAGCUUUCAAUCUCGAUACCAACACCGAAACGCCAGAAGAACAAGGAAGGGAGCUGGACCAUAUGAUUCACAAAGGACCAGCUUGGAAUUCUGCUGGCGGUGAGCAUGCGGGAUUGUUGUGGUGUCCUGAUGUAGGGCUGCCAGAGCAGAGAUGGUUGAAUGCCAGUUAUUUCUAUUGGGCGGGUGACGCGCCGAGGCUGUGGUGGGCGUAUACCAACGGGAGUUGUACCUACUCGCUGGUAUUGCAUCCUGUCAAGGCGGAUUAA